GAUCUCCUUUGUAACUAUACUGCUGAGAAACCAUUUAAACUUAACGCUGGCCAAGCAAGUGAAAGGUAGUUUGUUUUUUUAGUGUGAUCUUUUUCAGAUUCGUAACACAUGUGCACAAAUGAAAUGGGUUUAUCGACUACAAAUUUUGCGCUCUCCCACCCUCCAUUUAAAUUCCAGAAUACCCCACUUAGAGCCCGUGUCAUUUUCUGCCCCCCUUCCCCCUUAACAGUUCCGAAGGACUAACUGCUUACAUCUUGCUAAACUCUCUCCUUGGUGAAUACUCGGAAGGCAUAGAAUGCCUAGAACAUCAUUAUUUUCUGUCCCCUCAUUUGCAAUAUAAUGUAACCAGUGAUGUUGAAUGGAAAAUCUUGGAAACGACAGACAACACAGCGUUGGAAGAGCUUUACUGUGACGAAAAUAUUGAGGGAAUAUUUAAGCUAAACCCAGCCCAAGCUAUCGAAGGGAGUUUCUUUUCCUAAUGUAAUUUCUGUUGGACUUUAUCAUAAGCGGAGCAAAAUUACUGAAUGCUGAUUGGCCGAGACAGAGGGCUUUUUUUCUUAAUCAGGAGGGCACUUUUGGGAAAACUUUGAAAAUACGCGUGAAGUUAAUCCUUAAUUGCACUCAGGCUCGUGCUAUUGGGUGUUAGAAUCAGGUGUGAGCAAAUGAAAUAGGUGUUGAUCAAGCAGAAAUUUUGGCCUUCCUUUCCCCCUACAUCCCACAACAGCUGUAAAAUAUUGUUGUGAUACUCAAACAAUCUUUUAUUUCCCCUUUUGUGAUAUUUCUUUGUAAUAGAGAUACUCUGCCUCCAUGGAAAAAAGAUAUUUCAAUUAAAGGUAUCAGCAUUCCCUCUUCAUUGGAGCAAACGUCGGGAAAUUACGCUUUAAGCUUUGGAAAUAUAAGGCAGUUGUCUACUCCACCUUGCUCGACUUACCAAUACAACCUGCCCUAUGCGAACAGGAAAUGGUACUCGGAAGAUGUCGGAUGUUUGUACAACAAGGAACUCUCGGUAAACCUAUCUGCAUCAUGAGUCACGCUCAUUUUAUUAGUGCAUCUUUAGAGUGUGUUAACAAUUUUUGACUUCGAGUGCUCAAACUCAUACGCAGCUAUACCUUUAAGAUCCUCCCAUGCACUUUUGUUUUUUUUCCCACAACAUUCUCGAAAUAGCUAUAAAUUUUUAACGAACUGGUGUCCUUCCUGUGUCCUCUCUAGGCACUUCUUGACAUUAUUGUAAGGGUUGUUUCCUCAAUGUUUACGAUAAAGAUAAAGAUAGCACAGUACCCAGUAAAUACUAUCAGGCAAGAGAAUAUUGAUAUUCUCUUGAAUCAGACCCACCAUAUUACACCCUGCAAAAAUACUCAAAACUUCAAAAGAUAAGAAAAUAAUUACUUGUAAAACUAGCUACCUCAAACUUGACUGCGUUGGUCGAUCUGCACUGAUAUCAAAUCAAAUUUGCAUUCUGUUACAAAGGGAGGAAACAUGCGAGAACCGACAAAGCAAGCUUGUCUUAAAGUGCUACCGCAAAUUGCUACAGACUAUAAAUUCGAUUUCAAGGCAAAAGAUCAGAGGUACUACCCGAUCUUUCAAUCAAAAAGAAGCGUGGAUCAAGUAAACAUUACAUUGCCCACAAAAGGAAAGUUGAAAGGAUGGCAAAAAAGAUUUGUACAUAACGAGGAAGUCAACUUCUUAAAAUGGUAGGAAUCUCUUGUUCACAGAUUGUAAUGAUCGGAAGAAUUGUAACAAAAUGUAUCUUUAAUUUCUCAGUAAAAAGUUUUUCGUUCACUUCACUUCGGCAGCUGCAUCUUGAAAACUGAGAAUAAAUACAUACUAACAAGCGAAAAGAUCGGAAGGGAAAGUACUUGGUUGCAGGUCGACGUCACGACAUAGGGGUCAAGCACGCAAAACAACAACAUAAAAUUAUUUGCCAUCUAUCGCGUGUGGACAAAAAAACUUAGAAUUCAUUCAAAAGCGUGACUUUUUUAUUAUUCUAUUUUAAGUUUUCAUUCAGUAUUUCAAUUCACGCAUAGGGACGCCAAAGAACCGUGCGAUUACGGGACUGGUCUGUUUUUUUCUAAACUGACUCACGUCAACUCGUUAGACCCUACACACGUCAACCUUAAGUACGGUUUUCUUUAGGAUUUUGCGUGCGGGUCGUAAGAGUCAGACGAUAAAAACUGUAAGUAUAUGCGGUGAGUGGCAAUUCGGUAGCCAGCAGUGGCCAUUUCUCGAGCUGUGAAGUGGCGAGGUAAAUAUUCACCUCUAGGCACCUCCACCUCGAUGAAUAGGUGUUAACUAUCAAAAGUAGUCGCAUGCUAUGGCGUGAGGUCAACCGGAAAAAGUACGAGAAAAUGAGUCGAGUUAGGCAUUUUUUGAAAAUGCACAAGAGGACAAAACUGAAUGGGACCAUGGGGUCUUUUAAACAGUCAAUCCUUUCUGUUUUCGCUUUUUUUCAGGGCUCCUUCUGGGAAUUCUAUAUCAAUAAGAGUACCCGAAAAAAGGCCGGUUGUUCCAAGCCACUGGUCCUAUACACCAGUCAGUGAGCCAUGUACACGAGUGACGUUAGACUCAUCUUCAUGGGAAUUCAAAGACGUUGAACAACUAUUCAAAGCGUCGAUGAGUAAUGUGGUGAUUAAGAAAAUCGACCGCGUGCAGAAUCCUUUCAUGUGGGAAAAUUUUCAAAGGUAGGGAAAACCCUGAGCUGACGCAAAUAAGAAUUCAUGAUGGUCUAAAGAAAGGGCGUGAAAGGAAAUCAACCCCCUCCUCCCCCAUCCCGUCCUUCCUCGCACUGGACGCUUUUUCUAAAAUAACAAACAACAAUUUUCAAAUGGAAUUUGCAAGUGUUUUGAUGUAAUACGAAGGCUGCUCGACAGUGUUGUCUACCCUUCCAAUAUUUCUUUACAGCGCGCAUCACGAAACGUUUACAACCAGCCUUUUUUACCAGCAAGCCAAGCAAAUUUGUCUCAUCUUUUACAAAGAUAGCGAAAAAAUUCCAUCUUUCUUCAAAUCCCCAUGUAAUAUUUGAAAAUUGGAGAAUACCACAGAAGAAAUAUCACCGCAUGUUCUUUAGCUUUAGCUGGACGCGUUAUGUCUCGCACAACGUUGAAGAAACAUCUGUGAGCAAAUAUGUUUGAUGAAUCAUUAAAAAAAGCUAUUUUGUUGAGUAAACGAUUGAUCAUUAUGGCCCACAUACUAUGUAGAGUUAUGAUAUCACACAUAACCUGUUUUAAGAGGACAUUCUGUAAACCCUGACGCAUGAGAGAUAAAUUUUUAAAUUUCUUUCGCUAGGAAAAAGGACUAUAUGACAGCAAUAGCACAUGGCAAUGAACAGAUGGUCAACGAGAAAAGAUUGUUUCAUGGAACCAGUCCAGAUUCCGUAAAGGCCAUCUGUAAAGAGAACUUUGAUUGCCGUCUAAGCGGCAGUGCAAACGGUACUUCAUAUGGUCAUGGAAGCUACUUUGCAGUGAAUGCAUCCCUUAGCCAUUGGUACACGCAAGCAGAUGCCAACAAGUCUCGGUUCAUGUUCUUGGCCAAAGUCCUUGCAGGUUCGUAUAUAAUGGGUGACCCCAGCUAUCGAAGACCGCCGCCGAAGGAACUGUCAGAUCGAGUUAAUGCCCGCUAUUAUGACUCAUGCGUGGAUGACGAGUCGGAGCCAACGAUGUUUAUUGUCUUUGAUAUCGAUCAGCACUACCCAGAGUAUGUCAUUCAGUAUCAGUCUGAUUAGAUGCGUCUGAAAGGAUUCAAUUGCUUGAGAACAAUAACGUCCAAUCUGUAACUUUCCACUUCAAUUCACUCAAUUUGCGUUGGUCUCGGUACACUUUCUAGAAAGUACAUCUUUCAGGAAAGCUGCGGAUAAUCAUCGUCGACUAAAAGUUAGGACGCAUAUAAUGGCAAAGGAAAAUGUUUCAACUUUUAUGUCUUUCUUACUUUCUUUUUUUUUAAGAUUAACAAAAUUUUCAAAGGUAUCGUAAAAUUUGCACGGGAAUAGUAAGAAAUUAAUCAGAAGGCGCAAUUUAUUUCAAACCUUCAUUUUACCUAGUGUAGUCCAAUUUAAGAAUUAUUUCGUCAAUACGUGAGAACUUGAGUCAUUAUAUUCUUCUCAAAAAAAACUUCGAAAACUCGCAGCUUAGGCCUUAGUUAUACCUUUUUGCUCAAACGACUCUGUCCUUCCCAACUCUCAUAAGGAGAAUCGGGAAGGACAUAUUUUUGCGCGGUGGUCAAACUUAACAUGAUUUUGGUCUGACAGCGAAAAUGAGUAAGUACGCGUUAUUAACUUAGCCAAAU